AUGGCCGCCACUGCUGCUGCGCUCGUUGCGGCCGCCGAGACGCGCACGCAGCGCUACGUGGCCACGAUCCAAGCCGCAAAAGCGCUCUCCACGACGUCCCUCGCGCCGCUCGCGUCAGAGCUGCCGCCGUUCCGCCACCUCACGGGCAAAGUGCGCGACGUGUACCUCCUGGCGGACGACCGCGUGCUGCUCGUGUCAACGGACCGCCAGUCGGCGUUCGACCGCGCGCUGGCGGCCGUGCCGUUCAAAGGCCGCGUGCUGACGCUCACGAGCGCCUGGUGGUUCGAGCGCACGCGGCACAUUGUCGCCAAUCACGUGCUCAGCGUCCCCCAUGCGUCGGCCCUGUUGUGUGCAAAGUGCACGGUGUUUCCCGUGGAGUUUGUCGUGCGGGGCUACAUCACGGGCACGACGAGCACGAGCAUGUGGACGAACUAUUGCAACGGCAGCCGCUCGUUCUGUGGCCACGUGCUGCCCGAGGGGUACGUGCAGCACCAGCAAUUGCCUGCGAAUCUGGUCACACCGACGACGAAAGACGAGCACGACGAGCUGAUUUCGGGAAAAGAGAUUGUACAGAGUGGACGCAUGACGCAGGCGCAGUGGACGUUUUGCGAGGAGAAGGCGCUGGCGCUCUUUGCGUUUGGCCAGGCGCAAGCCGCAACGCGCGGGCUGAUCCUCGUGGACACCAAGUACGAGUUUGGCGUACAGGAGACCACGGGCGAGAUUUUGCUGAUUGACGAGAUCCACACGCCCGACUCGAGUCGGUAUUGGCUCGCGGACACGUACGAUGCGUGCAUGGCCGCGGGCAAGUCGCCGGAUAAUAUCGACAAGGAGUUUCUGCGCUUGUGGUUCAAAGAGCACUGCGACCCGUACCAUGACGCUGUGCUACCGGAAGCUCCCAAGGAGCUGGUGACGGAGCUCGCGCGUCGCUACAUUAUGCUGUACGAGCUCAUUACUGGUGCCGAGUUUGUGUUUCCGCCUGAGGGAAGCAAGCCAGAGGACGAGUUUGUUGAAGGCGUACGCAAGGCACUGCUCGCCAAGUAG